UCUCGUCUGUUUGCUGAGUAGUGUCAAAUUUGUGAACUUCUUAGCAAUACUGAUGUCGCUUAUACCCAUUAUAUCUCACAGUUACAACAAAGUGGGUUGCUUAAAGGGGAUGAUCUCACAGAUCGCUUUUUCUGAAUCCUCAUGGAAUUUUCUGUAGCAAAUUGUUUGGCCACUGACAUGAUUAAUCCAAGCUCAUUAUCCCUACAAAUGCCACAACAAGUCUAGCAUCUCUCAUUUGCUGUUAUUGAUAUGUAUGCAAAGCUUGUGGUUUUAGUUAUUAAGGUAGCGAUCUUUUUUUUUUUUUUGUGGUUAUGGGAAAUUUCUUUCAGUUGUAACAAAUGUUGGUAGUUACAUUAACCUUAGUAGGUGUUUGCUUUAAUUAAUUCGAUGAUUUGUAACUUCAUUUAUCUUUGUUGUUGUUCGUAUUGUACGGUGGACCAGGGAUCAAGUAAAGUGUUUCUCUUGCCCAAGAUUUUGUCAGUGACUGUGAGAGUUAUCCAAAAGGAUGCAGAAGAGAAGAAAGCUGCUUUCAGCCGAAGGGCAUAUUUCAGAUUGUUUCUGAAUUGGCUUUUGGACCAUGGGUCCCCUGACCCUGUCCUUGAUAGUUCCAACUUUCAGGUUCACUUUCUGUACAAAGGCACUCUAAGGGUGCUCUUGGUACUGCUUCAUGAUUUUCCGGAGUUCCUUUGUGAUUAUCAUUUCAGCUUCUGUGAUGUGAUUCCAGCCAGUUGCAUUCCCACGAAACAUGAGGCUGCCCAAUCCUUCUACUCCCAACUUGAAGUUGGUUGCAACAUGAUUUUGUUUGAACUUCCUAAUCAAUAUUUAAUAGUUCUCUAUUAA